AUGAGAUUUUUUAUUGUCGUACUUUGGGGAAGACCUAGGCAGUUUUCGAAAUUCGGCAAUAUUGUCGAAAUUCCGUUGUCGAAAUUCUUAUUGGCGAAUUUCCGUCUUACCUUUCAAAAUAAUACUGGACCUGUUGUUGGACAAGAUGUUGCUGGUGGUGCUAUUUGGACUAUCGGUGGUGGAACAACAACUAUUAUUGGAAGUAUGUUUCUAGAAAAUAAAUGUUCAAAUGGUGGUGGACUUGGGAUUCUUGGUAGUGGUUUAAUUAUUGUUAAUUCAUAUUUUGAAGGAAAUCAAGCAACUGGAAAUGGAGGAAAUCCAGGAAAUGGUGGAAACGGUGGUGCUAUUAGUUUCGAUGGUUUAGGAAGAAAUAAUUCUAUUUGUGGAACAAGAUUUACAAGAAAUCAAGGAAAUAAAUAUGGUGGAGCAUUUUUUCGCGUUGCUUAUAAUGGAAGUGAAAGAAAUGACUUUGAUCAAGUUAUUGUGGAUAAUAAUUGGAUACCACAAUCUUCCAAUGGAUCGGCUGGUGGUUUAUAUAUUCAAGGUAGUCGGGCAACAAUUACAUAUUCAUCUAUUGUUAAUAAUUCAGCUACCGGUGGUGGUGGAAUCUUUUUUGCUAAUCAGAACUUAGUUGUAUUAGAUUCAGUUCAUUUAAUAGGAAAUCAAGCUUAUACUGGAUUAGGUGCGGCUCUAUAUUGUUCAAAUCCUGUUUCUGGAACAUUUACAAAUCUCGUUGUUGCUAAUAAUUAUGCUGGAGCUUUUGCGGCUGCUUUUAGUGGUUGUCAAACAACAAUAACACUCUCGAAUACAGUUAUUGCAAAUAAUACUGUUGGAAAUCCAUGGCCAGCUAAUGCUUGUUCCUCUUCUAUGAAUGAUGGUUCAGGCGUUGUUCAGUCACCUAUUCAUAAACAAGCACCAGCUUCAGGUCAAGAUACUCUUUGUACGAAUGGAUCUGUUAUUGGCCUUAAUAAUGUUACUGUUACUUUAAAUGUAGCAACUUGGCAAAUUCAAAUUGUUGGUGCACAGUCAUCAUAUUUAGGUUCCCUAUCAAAUUCAUCUGUAACUAAUUAUUCUCAAACAUCAACUCCAUCAUCAAAUGUAUCGUCGACGCAAUUAUUAACUCAAUCAUCAGUUCAAUCAUCAGCUAUUACUACGAUUCAUUAUUCAUUUUUUAUUUAUUUUGCUUUAUUCGUUUUUAUUCCUUUACAACAAAUUAUUUAA